ACAAUGCAAAUAUGGAGGCCGACACUGGCGAUGGAAGUGAUCUGGCGAGUGAUGUUUCUAAUUCCAAAGUACAGGCCAGCACUGGAGUAGAGUCAAGCGGACCUGAAGACAACGAACACGAUGAAGACGAACUACCGAGCGCACAAUUUAUCAAUAGUGUUUAUUUUAAACGUUUAAUUGAAGUGUCGGUCGUUGUAAGUGCUAUCUCAGUAGCUAUGAACAGUAAGAAAACGUUUAAAGAAGUCAAACAACUUUGGUAUGUUACUCUAACGCUUGACGUUAUGGUCUUAAUUUUAUUUCUUAUUGAAUCGCUCGUGGAGAUGAAAAUACUCGGUUUAUGGAAAGACGAAAAGGCCUUUUUUAAGAACCGAUUCAAGAUUUUCAAUCUGACAAUGCUAAUCUUUAUUUUAAUGUCAGUAGUUUUGCAAAUUAUUGAAGGACCCUCACUUUCUGGUCAUGUUCCAGAAUUCAUGAAAAUAAUCGCCCGAGCACCGAGAUCGUUCAUUUUGUUUCGUGUUUUGAGGUACUUGGUGAAUUAUUCUUUAUUAAAUCAAGUCUCGAGACGUUCUGGAAAGCAAAUUAGGAAUGUUGCAUUAUUUCUGUCGUAUUUUAUGAUGCUUGCCUCGCUUAUUGGCGUACAACUUUUUGGGAAGAAAAGUUACUAUUGCGUUCGAGAUGGUGCAAACACGGCGAACAUUACGUACAAAGACCUUAAUUUACCUGAGUUACGGUGUAAUAAUGACACUAAUGCGAACAGGCCAUGUCCCGAAGGGUUUGUUUGUGAAAGUUUGAAAUUGUCGUCGACGCAAAAAACGACUUACUUUGAAAAUAUCUGGUACAGUUUUUUAACGGUCUACGAAAGUUCCACGCAGGAGGGCUGGGUGCUUGUCAUGUAUGCACAAAUGAAAAGUCAAAAUUACUACGCAAGUGCAGUGUAUUUUAUAUCUCUUAUAUUCUUCGUAGCCUGGUUAGUGAAAAGUGUAUUUAUUGCUGUGAUAACGGAGACAUUUGCUGACUUGCGUUCACAGUUAUAUCUCAAGAACUGGCGUACAAACCGUCGCAUAGCAGGUUUAUCUUCGGAGAUUAUUCAGGACUAUGGAAUGGGUUGGCAUUUAGUUGCAAUUCAGGACGAGUGGACGAAGACUGAGGCUUUGAACAGAUUCAGAAAGUUCCUCUCCUCUAAAUACUUUCGCUAUCUUAUUUGGUCGUUGUUGGCGAUAGAUGCUGUACUUCAGGCAAUUUUAGGAUCGGGAAGGCGUUACAUUUCAAAAAUAGUAUUUACAAUAAUAUUUGACAUAGAAAGUGUUUUUAAGAUAUGGUGUGUUGGUAUAAAGAGCUACUGGAAAAUCCCAGUCUAUCGUUUUGAAUUAUUUCUGGCGGUCGGCAGCACCAUCUUUAUAGCAGAAAACAAAUUAAUGGAACCCGACAUCUUCGUUGCGUUUCACGUUUUACGCAUAACACGUUUGAUCAUCGCCGUUCCAAGCCUGAACGCUUUCCUGCAUAAAGCUUUUGGAACAGGAACUAAAAUAGGCGCUGUUCUUAUCUUUACCUUGUUCUUGUUGGUCUUCGCCUCAAUUCUGAGUCUGCAAUUGUUUUCAGGAUUAGACUUUGGUGAAGGCGAGGAUGCUCUCUUCGAUGACUAUAUUAAAUCGUCAUCGUCCAUGUUUCAAAUUAUAACACAAGAAGGUUGGGUAGAAGUUUUAGAUACAGUUAAGUACGCUACAAAACCAUAUCUCGCUCCGUUUGUGAGCAUUUAUUUUACAAGUUACAACCUUUUUGCCUCGCUCAUUCUUGGCAGUGUUCUCAUUGCUGUAAUUCUAGAUAACUUGGAAAUAAAAGAAGAAACAAAAAUUUUGAAACAGCAUAAAUUGGGGGAAGAGGUAUUGAACAUUCAAGAAAGCUUACCAAAACGGCUUCAGAUAUUUGGUAAGUUCAAAGAAAGCCCUAGAUUAGUCCAAACUUCGAAAAUUUCAAACGAUUUUCCAGUACCCAAAGUGCGACAGAGUUUCAUGAGGAAAUUUUUAGACGAUGGACGCAUGCGUUUGUCUCGUUUUACCUCCAACCCUAGUGUUUAUGAAGAUGCAUUGAUGACGCAAAGAAACAAUAUACCUUUCAAAUUGCUUAGUUCACCUGUGCCCGAUGAUGUUCACACAUUGAAAUUAAAGAAACGUACAAGUCUUACCCAACUAAUUCAAGACUCCACACGAAGACGUAAUCACACCGAUCACACGUCUACACAAGGAAGACAUGCGUCUAAAUCAUAUUUGUUAGGCUACACAGCUCGUCAGAUAAACCGCAAUGCAGCGAAGUUAACUCAAGGUGCACGAAAGACGACUGAAAGAGCGGAUAUCAGUACGUUGCGGCAGAUGAAGAAUGAAAGUGGCCAUGGAAUGACAACGCUAUCACAUAGCAACGGUGGGACCACAGGUAACGAGAACUGGAACAUCCGGGAAUUGCGUGCACGCCGAGAGCAAGCUCAAAGAGUGAAAGCGGCACGUGAAGAAUCUCUGCGAGAGAAUCAUCCAUAUUUUGAUUUCCCACUAUUCCUUGUACCACGUGACAGUCAAUUUCGUCGAUGGUUGCAGCGUAUUGUGCAUGCGCGGUAUGAGAUCUCAGGCAAUAACGGUGAAGUUCAAUCCAAACGUCUUGUGAUCAACGAUGCAUUGAUUAAAAGAGUUUUAUCAACACAAACUUAUUUAGAAUGGGCGAUUAUUCUCAUUACAUUCUCAUCCUGUAUCGCAAUGAUGUUUGAAAGAGAUAAUUAUAGAACAUUUAGCGUACCCGCUCUCAAAUCUUUCGAGUAUCUCUUCGUGGUCUCCACGACUAUCGAGUUACUGAUUCGUGUUCUCGCUGAUGGUUUUAUGUUCACACCGAAUGCAGUUAUACGGAAUUUCGGGGAUGUUGUGGACAUAUCGAUUUAUUUAAUUGGCGUUAUAUACGUGUGUUUAUCGCCUGAAAACAUCCCCCGACUCUCGCCACAGCAGUUUUUAUUGAUUUUACGUGCUUUGCGUCCCUUGAGAAUCAUAAACUUGAUCCCAAAAACCAAGCAGGUGAUUCAAGAGUUAUUUGGAGGCUUUAAGGAAAUCCUGAAAGUUGCCGUUUUGCAGUUAUCAGUGAUGUUCAUUUUUGCUAGCUAUGGUUUGCAAAUGUUUCAACAUAUGCUCAAGAAAUGUAAUGAUGACGAUCGUAACCCGGAUCAUUGUAAAGGUGUAUUCUUCACAACCUUGAAGGGACCGGGAGAGAUACGAAGCCUUUCAGGAAGUGAAAACCAACUUCUUGUCCCGCGCGUGAGUCAAAACCCGAAGAAUUUCAAUUUUGAUGAUAUUUGGCACGCGUUGCUUGCAUUAUUUGAAGCUCUUUCACUCGAGGGCUGGUUGGACAUUCGAAAUGUCAUUGAAAACAGAGAGAGCCUUGUGGUAUAUGGAGUGUAUAUUCACGGUUACGUAUUAAUUGCUUCCAUGAUUGGUCUUGCUCUCUUUGUUGGUGUUGUAGUGAAUAACUUCAAUGAGAACAAGGGUACUGCAUUACUUACUGUGGACCAGAGAAGAUGGGAGGAUUUGAGAAAGAGAUUACGUCUAACCCAACCCCUUCAUCUACCAUUACGACCUGAUGAUAGUCCUAUCCGUUCCCGCUUGUACGACAUUUUGCAAUCGAAGCGUUACGCACGACUCAAUGCAUUCUUGGUUGCGUUGAAUUGUUUACCUCUUGCAGUCGUUCCGUGGAUUGUACAACCGAGUGAUGAUUUAACAAAGUCGUUAAUGUUGCUAUCUGUUGUACUCACUAUUUUUUUUGUCGUUGAAUGUAUUGUCAAAAUUGUUGCUUACACAUUUAAAGGAUACUGGAGAAGUCGUAGAAACCGCUUUGACUUUACCUUAACAGUAGCUGGUGUAAUGUGGAUUAUUCUUCAUCUGUCAUUUGUCUAUCAUGGUAAUCAUCGUACAGAGCACAGACCAAUCUACGAUGGAACUAUUUGGUUAGGUGUUGGUGUCAUACUGUUUCGGUUUCUUAGCCUGUCUGGUAAGCAUGAUACAUUGAAGAUGCUAAUGAUGACAGUUGUAAUGAGCCUGGUGAAGAGUUUCUAUAUCAUAUUCGUGUUGAUAUUAAUUAUGAUGUCGUAUGCAAUGAUUGGAGUGAUUUUGUUUGGUACCGUUAAACAUGGCGCAGGGGUCACUCCCGAUGCUAACUUUGAAGAUAGCAUUAGUGCCAUGAUUGUUCUGUUCCGAAUAACUACAGGUGAAGAUUGGAAUAAGAUAAUGCAAGAUUGUAGGAAAGAAAAACCGUACUGUACGGAAAUAUCAGGUGAAGAUUACUGGGAAUCUGAUUGUGGUUAUCAAUUUGGUGCGAUAUGUUAUUUUAUAUCGUUUUACGUAAUUUUGACAUUUGUUUUGCUAAACCUUUUAAUUGCUGUUAUUAUCGAAAAUUUCUCGCUAUUCUAUUCGAGUGAGGAAGAUGCAGCUUUGAGUCAUCAAGAUGUUUAUCAAUAUCAAUUAACUUGGAAUCUUGUUGAUCAAAACCGCAAAGGCUUCAUCACAGUUCGUCAAGCUCGUUUGGUGUUAAGAUUAUUACGUGGUAAACUUGGUGUUGACUCCUCGACGUUUCUUUACAAGCAUAUUUGUUUAGAGAUUGAAAAGCUUCGUGGAGGUCGUGACGUAUCUUUUCACGAUCUUUUGGACAUUUUAGCUUACCGUUCAAUCGAAGACAUUUCACGAAGUUUACAGUUGGAAGAGCUGCUGGCUCGUGAGGAACUCGAGAGAUCAAUCGAGGAGGAGGUGGCUAUACAGACUAUACGCGACUGGUUUUUAAAUCUCAAGAAGGAGAAAGCGAUGCAGAAAGAGCGUGGCUUCUCUUUUAGUAACGCUAGCUCCGCGUCAAGUGUGGAAACAUUUUCCAGCGAGGAAGAAGCACCAGAACAACCAAACAGGCUUUCUGUUAAAGGUUUACAAAAGCGAAAUAUGGGGUUGAAAUUGGUGAUGGGUACCUCUCGCGAGACGGCAAAAGCCAAACUUGAGCCAAAGCAGAAAAAAGAUGAUGACACAGAGUUAGAUGCAUGGUUUAAUGAUCAAAUCAAAUAAACAUGGAAACACCAAGAUGAGAGAAAAAUUUAUUUACUUUUUUGCUUGUAUUUGGAAUGUAGUCAUAGAUGUUAUCUUUCAUUAUACAAAGUUCAACCUUCUACAUGGUUAUAUAUUGAAACCCGAUAAAAUAUAAGUCAAUGAACUCCGGCCCAGAUGAUGGAAUAUGGGUAACAUCAGGUUCUUGUGGGAUGGUGCAAGUUCGAAAUUUCGAUAAACUUCAGUACAAGUCUCAACAUGUAGUAGUGCACAAAAAGUGUAAGAUUCAUUUUGGAAGUUCCUUAUUUACGGAAACUCACUUAUUUUGGAAUAGUUGCAUGGCAAGCAUGUCACAUUAAAGUAUGAAAGAGCUUGGGUUUAUAGACCAAAAACUUUUUUAGCGUAAUUUGCUUGAUACUGUAUCCAGACACUUGAAAGUGUUUCUUUCUGCAUUAGUAGAUCUUGAGAAAUAUUUUAUAAACGUGACGUGAAUGCAGUUUGUAGAAUCAUCGAAGAACAUUCUCUUAACUAAAUUUAAAUGGACGCAUUCAAACACGGAAAUCGUUAUAUAAUUGAAAAACUUAUAGUAUGCUAAAUAUGUAAUGAAAUAUAUAAAUGAAAAUGUACAAUUAAAUUACAAAUGAACUUUUGCACUCUUACAAA